AUGCAGCUUGCCCUCAAUAUCAUCAUUUUCUUUCUCGGCUUCAGUAUAGCCACAAUUGUUGCUUUACGGCCACGAAAAGCGCGGAAAGAUCUCGAUCAUUUCACGUCACAACUUCGCCAUGUUACCAAUGGGUUGAAGGGACAGGGGUCGCAUCCUGGUGACAUGGAACAAUCCGAGACCCCAGAGGAAAUCAUAAAGAGGGGUGCAGACAACCUGUUGACCAAGGAGCAAUUGGAGGAGAAGUAUGACAUGAACGCAUGGCAACGCCUGGUCUACGAAGAGUUCAAGACCACCAUCCUCGCAAAAGGUAGUGGACUCAAGACAUUCCCUUGCGUCUAUGCAACCAUGGGCUACCGCGCCGGAGACCAUCGUUACGUCUUCCUCGAGUCAGACAACCCUUCGGAACCAAGAAAUGUACGAAUCAUUGCACCUGCAUUGAGGGCAUAUCUGCAAGUGUCGAGGUCACUUGGACCAAACACCAGUCUGGUCAUCAUGGGUGCACCUACCGAAGGCUCAUUGAAGUCUGUCGAAGAAUACAACAACGAGUUCUUUGAUAUGCUGCGUGGGUUAAGAAUCUGGGACUCAAAACCUUGGCCCAAGGACAUCCCUCAAGAGACGUUAAAUGAGAAAUGGACAUUCUGUUUCGACGGCAUUCCUCUUUUCCCAGUCGCGUUGACACCAGCACACCAAAGGCGAUGGUCCAGACAUGCUCCCGUACCUUUGGUUGCUCUGCAGCCGAAGUGGGUCCUCGACAACCUCAUGAGCACACCAGAGAAGCGCAAGUCAGCCACAGGCAAGGUCCGAAAGCUGUUGGCAGAGUAUGACCAGAUCGAUAUCAGUCCCGACUUGACACAGUAUGGCGAGGAAGGCACCUCGGAGAUCCAUCAAUUGUGUCUGAAAGACGAGAACGAGACGAUGGAAGUUCCAUUCGACGAUUUCGACAAAGGAGGCAGGUCCUCAUCAUCAUCUUCUUCACGCCGGUCAUCCAUGGAGGAGACGGCAGCCUAG